CAUCAUCUCCAACCCAGCAAGGCCUGCCUUAUUCCCAAAAUUUAUUCUUUAUUCUCCAUCGCAUCAUCCUUGGAGAUUCACUUCAUAUUAUUACUUUAGCAAAAUAGAAAUGGGUGUGACCACCAUUACCACUGAGUUCAGUUGCCCAAUCCCUCCUGCUAGGCUUUUCAAGGCUGCAAUCCUUGAUGCACACAACUUACUUCCCAAGAUCCUUCCCAACAAGAUUAAAUCCAUUGAGAUUCAAGGUGAUGGUGGUGCUGGAUCCAUCAAACAGAUCAACUUGGCUGAUGAUGGUCCUUUCGAAUUCAUCAAGCAUCGGAUCGAAGAAGUCGAUGAACAGAAUUUUAAGUGCAAGUUUACUCUGAUCGAAGGUGCUGUCAUAGGUGAAAAGAUUGAAAAGGUUGUGGAUACGGUUCAGUUUGUGGCCUCUGCAGACGGGGGAUCCAUCUGUAAGGGUACUUCUGAAUUUUACACUAUUGGUGACUACACUAUGGGUGAAGAUGAAAUCCAGAUGGGCAAGGACAUGGCCACUGGGACGUUCAAGAUGGUGGAAGAGUACCUCUUGCAGAACCCAACUGCCUAUGCUUAAGAGUUUAUUUUAAUUGAUCUAAAACAUCAAUAGAGCUAUUAUGACUCAAUAUCAAAAAGUCAUCCAUAGUGUUUGUGCCUUUUUUUUUUAUUGGGGAUGGAUAGGUUUGGGAUGAGAGGGUUAAGGAUUUGAUUAUGCUUUAAUAAAGUGUAUGUGCUAGAAAUGUUUGGUUGGACAUGAGAUGAAAAAAAUCUAUUUCAUGGUAAUUAAUUAAUUUCUGGAUUCAUAUACUUUCAAAUAAAUAGCAUAAACAUCACACUCUUU